CUUACCUCAUUUUCGCUAUCACUUUUUGUUCUCUCUCUCCGUCUGCGGAACAUACAACGAAGACUCUUGACUCUGUACCUCUCUCUCUCUCUCUCUCUCUCUUACUACAUCGAUUCGAUUCGAUUCCAUCUUUAUAUUCUUUCUCCAGUUUCCAAACCCCUUUGUGAUUAAAGAGGCGGUUGAAUCUUCUUGAAAUUCUACUGUUUUUUCUUGAGAUUUGCAAGAAACCUUGAUCAGGUUUAUCAAAAGGAAAUGUCAGGAUCACAGAGCAGUUUAAGAAGGUAUCUUGGAGCUAUCAAAGAUACAACAACAGUUUCAUUAGCAAAAGUCAAUAGUGGUUACAAGGAAUUGGAUAUUGCUAUUGUGAAGGCUACUAAUCAUGUGGAGCGUCCUUCUAAAGAAAGAUACAUCAGAGCUAUUUUCAUGGCUAUUUCUGCAACAAGGCCUCGUGCUGAUGUUGCUUAUUGCAUCCAUGCUCUAGCUAGGCGCUUAUCAAAAACACAUAACUGGGCGGUUGCUCUGAAAACUCUUAUAGUGAUUCACCGGGCCUUGAGGGAAGUGGACCAGACGUUUCAUGAGGAAGUUAUUAAUUAUAGCAGAAGCAGGAGUCAUAUGCUUAACAUGUCUCAUUUUAAAGAUGAUUCGAGUCCCAAUGCAUGGGUUUACUCUACUUGGGUCCGUUUCUAUGCUCUAUUCUUAGAGGAGCGACUAGAGUGUUUCCGUGUUCUCAAGUACGAUGUUGAGAUCGACCCACCAAGAACCAAAGAGUUGGACACUCCUGAUUUGCUCGAACAACUUCCAGCACUACAAGAACUUCUUUUCCGUGUUCUUGAUUGUCAGCCUGAAGGGGCAGCAGUUCAAAACCAUAUUAUACAAUUGGCGCUCUCAAUGGUUGUAACGGAGAGCACUAAAAUCUACCAAGCACUGACAGAUGGCAUUGACAAUUUGGUUGAUAAGUUCUUUGAGAUGCAACGGAACGAUGCUCUUAAGGCGUUGGAUAUGUACAGAAGGGCUGUAAAACAGGCAGAGAGGCUUUCUGAAUUUUACGAAGUUUGCAAAAGUGUUUAUGUUGGACGUGGAGAUAGUUUUGUCAAGAUUGAGCAGCCUCCAACUUCUUUUCUACAAGCAAUGGAAGAGUAUGUGAAAGAAGCACCAUUAGCAGCAGGUGCCAAGAAGGAGCAGGCAAUGGAGAAGCUUGCAGCUCCCAAAGAGAUCUUAGCCAUAGAGUACGAAAAGCCACCAGAAGUUGUUGAAGAGAAACCAAAAUCACCUGAACCUCCGGUUAAAGCAGAAGCAGAGAAGCCCGUAGAGAAACAACCUGAUUUGCUGUCUAUGGAUGAUCCAGCUCCAGUGGUAUCUGAACUUGAUGAGAAGAAUGCUUUGGCUUUGGCUAUUGUCCCUGUUACGGUUGAGCAACCAGUUUCUACAAUUGAUUUCACAAAUGGGAAUUCGUCUGGCUGGGAAUUGGCACUUGUGACUGCCCCAAGCUCAAAUGAAGUUGCUGCUGCUAAUAGCAAAUUGGCGGGUGGAUUGGACAAGCUGACACUUGACAGCCUAUACGAGGAUGCAAUCAGAGUGAAUCAACAGCAAAACAGGAGCCACAAUCCAUGGGAACAGCAUCAUCCAGUUCAUAACGGUCCCAUGAUGCACCACCAGCCUUUCUUUGCAUCUAAUGGAGUCUCAGCUCCUCCUCCUGUUCAAAUGGCGAAUCAAUAUCAUCAGCCGUAUGGGUUUCAGCAUCAGAACUCAGGAAUGAUGAUGGGACCUGUGCAGCCUUAUCAGCAGCAGCAACAACAACAACAGAACAUGAAUCCCUUCGGCAACCCGUUUGUCUCGAAUGGUAAUCCACACCAACCGUAUGGCUCCGUUCAAGGAGGUUACAAUCCAUAUUCUAGCCUUAUGUAAGAUGUGAUACUAAUGUAUGUUUUUGUGUACAAUCUAUAUAUAUACAAGUAUAUGUUGUGAGGUGAUUGUAGCUAGAGAGAUUCUUUCUUUUUUGUUGUUGUUGUUGUUGUUGUUGAGUAAAUACAUACAUUACGUCUCUGUAUGUGUGUGUAUGUAUCUGUAAGCGAGAGAAUAUAUGAUUCUUGAGGACACCAUUUGGUUUUGAUAAACUGAUA